AUCACCAACUUCUUCUCUGUUCUCUACUUUCUCUCAAGGCUACAUUCAAAUCAGAAAGUCCCUUCUUGUGAUUAAUCAAAGCCAGAAAAGAAACACAAAAUGGCCACCAAACUCUACAUUGUUUACUACAGCACCUACGGACAUGUUGAGAAGCUUGCCAAGGAGAUCAAGAAAGGAGCCGACACUGUUGAAGGUGUCGAAGCAACUCUGUGGCAGGUGCCAGAGACACUUUCUGAAGAAAUUCUGGGAAAAAUGCACGCUCCACCAAAGAGUGAUGUCCCCAUAAUCACUCCCCAUGAGCUUCCUGAAGCCGAUGGAUUCAUUUUCGGGUUCCCGACACGAUUCGGGAUGAUGGCUGCCCAAUUCAAAGCUUUCCUGGAUGCAACCGGUGGGCUGUGGGGAACCCAGAAGCUCGCCGGAAAGCCUGCCGGGCUCUUCUACUCGACUGGAACUCAAGGAGGUGGUCAGGAGACUACCCCAUUGACCGCAAUCACUCAGCUUACUCACCAUGGAAUGAUUUUCGUGCCAAUUGGGUACACCGCCGGAGCGGGCAUGUUUGACAUGAGCCAGGUGAAGGGUGGAAGCCCGUAUGGUGCCGGAACUUUUGCCGGCGGAGAUGGAUCCAGGCAGCCAACUGAGCUUGAGCUUGCCAUUGCUCACCACCAGGGAAAGUACAUUGCUGGCAUUACCAAGAAGCUCAAGGGAUCUGCUUGAUUGAAUCAAUCUUCUGUUUAUUGUAGUGAUUCCAUCCAAACUUCACCAUAGAAAUUAAGUUCGAUCACCAAUAAAGUUUACAAUGUUGUUUAGUUUUGAGGAUUUAUAGGGUUCUUCCUGUUGUUGGAUAUAUUUUCUCUGUUUCGGGUUAUCAAUGAAACUCAAAUCUCUGCUCUUAGUAUAACUAUGUGUUCCUGAUAAUUUUUCCUCCAAUCAUCCAAUCAUAAAACAGAACAUUUUGCAAU